GGGCGACGUGUGUGGAGGAGAAACGGGAGGGAACGGUAACGGGGUAAAGUGGGAUCACAAUGAAGUAAAUGGAUCUUGGAGGGAAAGAGGAGAAUACUGAAGCCUCUUGAUCUAAAGUAGUGUGUCAGUGUGUGAAAGGUCGAGAGGAACAGAGUGAGGGUCAGACGAGGAAGGUCGUUCCCAGUCACAUGGACACAAACUGCGUAGACAAAACAUAUGUUCUAUCACAGAGCAGCAUGGAGGACUAGCUGAAAUACUGUGCUCAUUACUGCAUUGCUAGCUGGUAACAAAUUUUGCACUGCCUCUGCCGCUCCGUCAUGUCGUUGCUCACCCACGUGCUGGCGUGCCUGUUUGGAAUGGGCUCCUGGGUCGCCAUCAACGGCAUGUGGGUGGAACUCCCCCUGGUUGUACCAGAGAUCCCGGAGGGCUGGUACCUGCCGUCCUACCUCACGGUCCUCAUCCAGAUGGCCAACGUCGGCCCCCUCUUCAUCACCCUGAUGCAUCGCUUCCGCCCGGGGACGCUGGACGAGCGGCCGGUGGUUUACGGCAUCGUGGCGCUGGGGAUCGUCGCUACUUUCCUGCUGGCCUUUUUCUGGAAGCACACUGUGACGGUCGGGGGCUCUGUGCACAGUGUGGCCCUGCUGGUGCUAAGCUUCCUGCUGUCUGUAGUGGACUGCACCUCCUCUGUUACCUUCCUGCCCUUCAUGAUGCGGCUGCGUCCUCAGUACCUCACUACAUAUUUUGUCGGUGAAGGCCUCAGUGGGCUGGUACCUGCACUGGUGGCUCUGAUCCAAGGCGUCGGCGUUGUCCAGUGUCAGAAUGGCACCUCGGCUGAUUGGGGCAACAGCGUAAUGAACAAUUCCUCUCUGGGUGAUGGUUCAGACCUGAAAGCUGUCUACCAGCCAGCUAAAUUCUCUACCCAGGUCUUCUUCAUGUUCCUCAGUGCUAUGAUGAUCGUGUGCCUAGCUGCCUUUGUUCUGCUCAAUCAUCACCCAGCCGUGGCCCGGGAGAGGAAGAAUGACUUGUACUACAGCGGUCACAUAGGCACCGAUAAGACCGAACAAGGGCUUUCUCUGCAUGCUCAGACGCCAGAGCAGAAGCCAAUGAUCAGUCCCCUGGAGGUGAGGAGGGAACCUAGAAGCGCUUUUGGCCGAGGAACAUACAGCCGUGAGGAAGUGGUGUUCAUCUUUGUCGUGCUGGCGUGGGUCAAUGCUCUGACCAACGCAGUGCUGCCGUCAGUGCAGUCCUACUCAUGCCUGCCCUAUGGGAACAAGGCCUACCACCUAGCUGCCACCAUGGCGGCAGUGUCUAACCCAGUGGCCUGCUUCAUCGCUAUGUUCAUACCCAUCCGGUCUCUCGUCUUCAUGGGCUGCUUGACCGUGUUUGGGACUGGAUUUGGUGCCUACAUCAUGGCCAUGGCUGCUCUGAGCCCCUGCCCCCUGCUGGUCUACAGUGCAUCUGGGACUGUAGCCAUAGUGCUGGCGUGGAUCCUUUUUGUCCUGUCGCUGUCCUAUGUCAAAGUCAUCAUAGGGGUGAUCCUGAGAGAUGAGGGGCACAGUGCCCUUGUGUGGUGUGGCGCCGUAGUGCAGUUGGGCUCCAUGGUUGGGGCCAUAUCCAUGUUCCCGUUGGUCAGUGUCUACGGAAUCUUCAAGUCAGGGGACGCUUGCAACACGAAAUGUCCAAUGUAGAAGAUAAAGGUGUUCAAGGCUAGUGGAAAAGACAACUUGCACUUAUAGUAUUCAAGAGCAUUUAAUAUACAACACAAUAACAGGUUGGUGGUCUUUACCAUAUUGUUGCUAAGCACAUUAUUCCAUAAAUUCAGUGUGUUCAACACUGAAAUUAUCUAAAACACCACGUGUCCAAACUUUGAGUUUUAUGUUUUUUAUCUGCUUUUAUGAAAAUCAGGUGACAAAUUGAUGCUUUAUAUAGAUAUGUAUAUUUAUUGACUUAUGAGGCUCUACAAAAACCUAGUGACAUUGUGAAUGUUGUUCACACAAGACCAACUAAAUCACAUUUUGCUGCUGAGCAUAUUGAUGAUACUAAUUCCCUCUGAAUCCAGACGUCAGAAUCAGUUUACUUGAACUGUUAUAUUGUGUGGAACAUACAGUAACAGAACUGUACUGUAGCUCUAUGGCUCUAAGAUGUGCCUUGUGUUUUGGCUUUUUUUGUUACAUACUGUAGUUGUUUACAACUUGUAUCUGUGUUACUGAUGUGGAGAAACUGUUCAACAACACCAAAUAAAAUGUUUGUUAGAAGUG